AUGGAAACCCAGAAGCUUCCAAUGGAUGACAUUUUCAAAGACACAGAGUUUGGGGAUACCCACUUUGGUGGAGACGAUCUCUUUGCCAUUUUGGAGAGCCUAGAAGAAGACUUUAACGAUUUUCCUCUCGUCAACCGCACUUCUGAAGCUGUUAUUAGCCCAACUUCAAAACAAAAUGAGCAAAACUCAAGAUUGGUGUCCCAAAAGUCAACAACAUCUUCAUGUGCUCCACAUGAUUCUGAAACUGAACCCGAAAUCUCACCCAAAAGUAAGAGACAGAAAUUUGCCCCUACCUUGCCUGAGGAACCGCAGAGGACGUCUCAUAUUACUGUGGAGCGCAACCGAAGAAAGCAAAUGAAUGAACAUUUGUCUGUGUUGAGGUCUCUUAUGCCUUCCUUUUAUGUCAAACGAGGAGACCAAGCAUCAAUAAUUGGAGGUGUUGUUGAUUACAUCAAUGAGUUGCAGCAAGUGCUACAAUGCCUAGAGGCCAAAAAACAUAGAAAAGUUUACAGUGAUGUACUAAGCCCUAGGCUAGUUUCAAGUCCAAGGCCUUCACCACUAAGUCCUAGAAAACCACCCUUGAGCCCUAGAAUAAGCCUGCCCAUUAGUCCAAGAACUCCACAACCAGGUAGCCCUUACAAGCCCAGGUUGCAGCAAGGGUACCUUUCCCCUACCAUAUCCCACUCUCCUACUUCUUCCGCUUCUUCUUCCAUCAACGAUAAUAUCAACGAGCUUGUUGCCAAUUCCAAGUCCGUUAUCGCUGAUGUUGAGGUCAAGUUUUCAGGUCCACACGUUCUUUUGAAGACUGUGUCACCACGAAUUCCAGGGCAGGCUCUGAGAAUAAUAUCAGCACUUGAAGACCUAGCGCUUGAAAUCCUCCAUGUGAACAUUAGCACGGCUGAUGAAACCAUGCUUAACUCGUUCACUAUUAAGAUUGGAAUUGAAUGCCAACUCAGUGCCGAAGAACUUGCUCAGCAAGUUCAACAAACAUUCUGCUAA